CUCGGCGGGCGCGCCUCCCCAAGGUCGGGUCCAGACCGGCUCCAAUGCGCCGCUGCCGCCAUCUUCCCCUGCGUGCUGUUGCCAGGCGUUGGAUCCCGAGCGCCGCCGGCGGGCCCUGGAUCCCACGCGCCGCCGCCUGUCCAUGGAUCCCGCGCACUGCCGUCGCCUCCCAAGGCCACAACGCGCCACCUGGAGGCCCCCGCUGGAGACCCCCUGCCUCCUUCCUCCCAGCGUCGGCCGGGUGGUGCAUCACCUGAGCGCCGUCGAGCACAGCCGGAGAUCCCCCCUGCCUCCUUCCUCCCUGGACUCACGUCCACAGCCACUCCACCGCCCCCAGCACGGGCGCGCGGGAUCCAGCAGCGGCGAGCCUCUGAUGGGAGGUUUCAGGUGCAAAAAAGUUGGAUGUGGUAAUAUGUUGGUUCAGUUUCACAGAGCCUUGUGUUUCAGUCACCACCAUCAACGAACCAGCUCGUCCUAUUUUGCGGAAGCAAGGCACACGAUAGUUUUUAGCCGGAAUGCAUUUCAGAGGUAAUACGGAAUCAAGGUUCAGAGAGAUUUUUUUAGCACAUUCAGAGAGCUUUUCAGUGCACUGCAGCCAAAUUCGUUCUGGAGGCCAACUGCUGACGUUUGGUUUUGAUUUUAUUUUACAAAUGAAGUUGCUAGCAGUAGUAGAUCUUGGGAUUUGGUCACACAAGGAAGAAGAUGAAAAGAAAAAUGGUGAGUUGGAGAUUGCAUGUUCAUUGCUCAGAAGGAUAAAAUCCUUUUGGUUUUAGCUAGAGAAAACCUAGUGGGGUAAAAAAAAAGCAGCUAAAUGGUUUGCUUCACAGACUAAAUUCUUCAUUGUUACUUUAUGUAUGAGCAUCAAACUUGAUUUAAAUGUGAGGUGGUUC